AUGCUAGCAAUUAUCAACAUCCUACUGGACAAAAAGAAGGAGCUCAUUAGUAGAUCAGAUGUAGGUGGAAGAAAUCCUCUUCAUCAUGCAGCAUCAUUUGGCCAUUCUGAAGAAACUUGUUGCAUACUAAAGAUCAAAGACGCUUCUAUUGCUCACCAAAAGGACAACCAAGAUCUAUGUCCCAUACACUUAGCAGCCAAACAUGGCCAUGUUGACAUAAUUAAAGCUAUACUAAAAUAUUACCCAGAGGCAUUAGAAACAUUAAACAAAGAACAUCAGAAUGUUGUUCACCUUGCUGCUAAGAGUGGGAGAGGGAAUUUAGUAAGUUCCAUGCUUCAUCAUAAAUCUAAUAAGUUUGACAAGCUUAAAAAUGCCAGGGAUAUUAAUGGAAACACACCAUUACAUUUGGCCAUCAAGAAGUCGCAUCCAAAGGUUGUGAGCAUUCUCAUGCGGGAUGGGAAUGUAGAUAUGACCAUCAUGAAUGACGAAGGCCUGACAGUCCUAGACAUUGCACAGAAGGAGAAAAUGAAUGAAAUCUCGUUGCCAAAUAAUACAAGACAUCGUACACAAACAGUGAACAACAUCUUGGAACAAUGGGGUGACAACCGCUUGUUGAUUCUUGCAAUUGAUUUAAGCACACCAUUGUUGGGUAUAGCUCUCAUUUUGAUGGCUGUAGCAUUUGCAGCAGGUUUGUACUCUGUGAUACUUACACUUCAAUGGCUUGCCACCUUAGUUUUGGUUAUUGGAGCCAUCUUUCUUCUCUAUGUCCUAGUUCUCCUUGUUCUAUAUAAUACCCCAAAAAUGUCUUGA